AUUUCAUGAGAUACUCCAGAUACGAGAGAGAAGAGAAAGACUUCAAUACAAAAAAGAAAAAAAAAAAAAAAAAAAUCAACCGGUAGGUUUAGGCCCCUAGAUCUUUUUCUACAAUUCAGUUUCAACGCUGUUUUUCCAUAAGAUAUAUUGAUAUGGUCUAAACAAAAUAUUUUUGAGGAUGCCCUCCACGUAUGGUGAUUCACAGUCGCCAAUUAUUCAGUUCCGAGACUGCAGACUUUUGUACAAGCACAGGAUUGUUAAGGAGGACUUGUGGGUAAGAGAUGGGAAGAUCUUGGAUCCGGAGAAGCUUUUCUAUGACGAGAAGGCUUACGCGGAUAUCCAGUGCAAUUGCUAUGGAAAACUGAUUGCUCCAGGUUUCAUUGAUGUUCAAAUUAAUGGUUGUUUUGGUGUUGAUUUUUCAUCCAACAUUGAUGAGAUAGAGGGCGGUCUCCAAAAAGUUGCUCAUGGUCUGUUAGCACACGGCGUCACCUCAUUCUGUCCCACCAUCAUAACAUCCAGUAAAGAGAUAUAUAAAAGGAUAUUGCCAAUGAUAAGGAAGACUAAGGGAUGUAAAAAUGGUGCUGGCAUUUUAGGUACUCAUCUUGAAGGUCCAUUUAUUAAUAGGGAGAAAAAUGGUGCACAUCCUGUCAACCUUAUCAAGUCAUAUGAUCAGAAUGGUUUUAAGGAUGUUCUAGAUAUCUACCAAAGUCUUGAUAAUGUUGCAAUAGUCACCCUAGCUCCAGAAAUUGACAGAAGUGAUGAUGUCAUCAAAGAAUUGCGGAAGAGAGGUGUAAUUGUUUCAGUUGGUCAUUCGAUGGGAAAUUUAACUGAUGCCGAAAAUGCGGCUAAAAAUGGAGCCACUUUUAUAACGCACCUUUUCAAUGCUAUGCUCCCGUUUCACCAUCGUGACCCUGGUAUUGUGGGACUUCUGACUAGCAGUAACAUUCCUGAAAACAGCCAGAUAUUCUACGGAAUGAUAGCAGACGGCAUACACACACAUCCGGCCGCUUUACGUAUCGCACACAGAGCUCAUCCUGAUGGAAUUGUCCUGAUAACAGACGCCAUGGCUGCAAUGGGAUUGCCUCCCGGACGGCACUAUCUUGGAAGUCAGACUGUAGAAAUUGUAAACAACAGUGCAUACAUUGCUGGCACAUCUACACUAGCAGGAAGUAUUGCGACGAUGCAAACUUGUGUGAAGCAUUUCAAACAGGCGUCAGGUUGCACCACUGUAGAUGCGCUGGAGGCUGCCUCUCUACAUCCAGCACAGCUUCUUGACAUCGCCGAGAGAAAAGGCACUUUAGACUACGGCACGGAUGCAGAUUUUAUAUUCCUGGACGAUGAUUUGAACGUUCAGUCCACGUAUAUAGCCGGAGAGGUGGUUUGGCAACGGCAAGGUGGUUAUCCAGUUGUUUCACGGAAACGACAUUUAAAUUCUAUGGAAUUAUUGUAGACACUGAAAUUGUUGAAAAGCAAUAGGAAUAAAGCUCUUCCCAGAAUAUUAAAUUUUCUUGGACAAAAAAAAAAAAUGUCAUAUGCCCAUAUAUAGUCAUGAUGUGCUUAUAUAUGGUCAUAAUGCUUUUUGCCUACCAGACUCAUUACUUUUGAGUUUUAGAAGAAAUAGAAUUAUGGAUUAUGAUAUGAUGUCAUAUAUAGGCAUGUCACAUUUUUUUGUCAAAUAAAAUUUGAUAGAUGGGACUGGGCUUACUUUAAUUGUCAACGAUUCAAGACAAUUGUCAGAUAAAUUUUAAAAUAUUCACUUGCAAUACAGGGGUGGAUCCAGAAUUGUUCAACCAAGGCUAGGGGAACAACAUACUCAGAAUAGAUAAGUGAGUAGAGCUAAUUUCAAUAUAUACAUCAGGGCGGAUCCAGGAUUUAAAAGAGGGGGGUUCAAAAUGUUUCCAAAAGAACCCCAAAAUGAAAGCAGGGUCCGGGAAAAUCUUGAUUCCUAGAUGGCCGGAAAUGAGCUUUCCCGACUUCUGAGGAGUCUUUUAAGGACCUUUAAGUUCUUCAAAAUUCAAGGUUUUCCCCCUCUUGAGAAAAGGUCAGGUAAUUUUAUCUCAUUCUCAUAUAGGAAAAAAAAUAAAAUACAGGCAAUAUAUUCUUAUAUUCCAACAAAAUUGAGUAGUUAUAUGUAUAGUCUUUCUUCUAUGGAUCGAUGAACCGAUAGGCCUGAAAAAUGCACUUUCGUACAUAAAUUAUUAUGACGGUGAACCAAAAACAGUGUGUAUAAUUUAUUUAAUUGAAAACUAGUUGGGCUAAGCCUAGUUCGUCUGAUCUUCCAACCUAUGCCUAAGUAGGUUAGCAUGUCUUUUUUAAGUUGUAUUUUGUUACGUUUCUUCACAGAGGGGGGUUCGUCCAAACCCCUUGAAUCCCCCUUCCCCUCACCCUGGAUCUGCCAUUGUACAUUGAAAUUUAAAUCCCUACUGGAUCCAUCAAUGAUAGGCUAACAAUAAAAAAAAAAAAUUAAAAAAAUUAAAUAUUUUAUAUAAUAUAAAAUUAAUAGUCAGUAUAAAUUUAUAUAUUAUUAUUAUUAUUAUUUUUCUUUUGUUGGUUGGGCAUCAAGAAUAUGGAUUAUAGUGAAUUGGAUGUUUUCAGGCAACAUCAGGGUUCGAAUAUCCCUAGAGCACCUACAGCAAUUGCUGUCCUGUAGAAAGGGCCUUCCACUGCUAUUGUAAAUCCCAGGCUCGACAGCAAGCAUUUUGCUGUCGAGUUGCCUGAUCCAGGCCUAGCAAUGGAUUAUACAAUUACAUAUAUAGAAUAGGCCUACAGUAUUCUUAAAACAAUUUACCAAGCUUGUUGCUGUAGAACAGCCACAGCCCACAGCAGCUAGUUGCUGAUCGAACAUUUUAAGGAAAUUCAAACCCUGCAACAUAUUUUUCUGCCGUUUUCUUUUCUCUUAAAGUUCCUGAGCAUUUUUUAAUAAAUAAAUAUUUCAGCGCUAUAAAAAUCUGAUUUAUAUUUAUUACACUAUUUGUGUUUAGGUGUGCUAUUCAGCUUUGCGAGGCUUGAUAUUAAAUUCCCCUUUUUCGUGACAUCUCUCUUUCUGGACCACAAGAUGAUUAUCAAUCCGAUCGGUUUUAUUUUUUUAGCACUACCUGUACAUGUAUUUUAAAUUUACAAGACACAUAAACAUGCUUUAAUUUUCUACAUAAUCACGGAAUGAUUUAUUAACAAUAAAUGUGUUUUUGAGUUUUACUCACAAAUAAAAAGCUUUACACAA